AUGCUUUUCAUCGACUGUGCAAAGAAAGGUAUUUCCAAACAUCUUCAACCCAACUUUCAAACGGAACACACUACAAUCUCGCGGGGGAAAAUCUAUUCCAGUUGCAGAUCUGAAUUCUUUAGAAAGAUGGCAUUGUGUUUAUGGAUUUACCCGUGUUUGUUGUGCAUCAUCUUUACUUUUGGGACCACAGAUGAAAUAAAUGAUAAUACAACCUGUACGCUUACAAACAACGUCGAUUGUUCCCAUUUGCUAAAUUUAAACAACACAAAAGAAUACGUCAUUGAAGACAAAGAAAUUAAUCGAACAGGAGUUAAAAUCAUCUUCGAAAUGGAAAGAGGAAUUCAGUUCCUUCGCUUGACAAGUGGGGGAGAAUUUAUCAACAGAAUUAAACAAAUCAAUGUUACCCGGGGAUCACACAAUCAUUUGGUUAAUUUGACAUGUUCGUAUGAGGAAAAAAUAAAGCUAGAACCGGUGGUUGUCAGUAAAGAAAUACAAAUCGAUUUUGUGAAAGGAUGCGGCAACGACACUGACCCAAUCGUCAUAAAGAACAUCCAAUACAAAUAUGAAGAUGGCUUUUUUCAAAAUACUUCAGAGAUGACUCCCCUGGGCGAGAAGUCAUCUAAAAUGGAAGAACUCACAACUCUAGACAAAGAGACUGCAGCUUUCAGAGAAACUACUGUAGAUCCUCUAAAAGAAGGCAUGAAACCAAUUCCAACAUCUCUUGGUAGUAAAACAAAAUUGAUGUCCACAGGGAAACCAAUGGAUGUGACAAAUGAAACUAAAACGGAAAAGAAAGGUGACGACGACGUUUCCCGGAUGCCACCCCCGAGCGAGAAGCCAUUCAAAAAGACUACCAAGCAGAUGAAGUCAAAGACGACUGGGGAGACAUCUGAAAAGAAACCAAUUCCAACCUCUCAUGUCACUAAAACGAGAUUGGUGGCCACUGGGAAACCCGUGACAAAGAAAACGGAAAUGAAAAAGAAAGACGAUGGAAAAAGGACGAACUUUAAAGUUGGUGCAAGCAAGAGUUCAGCCCAGAAAAUAUCUCGAGAUUUUGCCGGCUUUUUCUUCUUUCUCUGUCUCUUCUACAUUGCCUGA